CGCUCGCACGUGACGUAGAUGCGAGACGGAGGUGAAUUGAGUGGAAUUUGGAGCUUAGAGAGGCGGUGGAGCUCGAGGUUUAGCGCCAAUUUAAAUCCACUCCUCCGUGACGCGGACGCUUCGAGUCAUCUGUUCCCUACAAGGCGCCAGAUCAGAGCAGGCAGCCCGGCCGGGACACACACACACACACAAACCCGCAGGGAGACACGGAGAGAGAGCACCCACAAUCCACUCCAAGUGCCACACUAUUCUUAUUUAUCUCAACAGUGAACUCCGAGAGAAGCAUCUUGAGGUCUACACGGCAGCCGACACGUUAUAUAGAAUGCGAGGAACACGGGAAGAGACAGAACCCACGUCCACAGAAAAUACAGCGCGACCGAGAAAGAGGAAGGCAGAUGUUGCCAUUUAUUUGCAUGAUGUGGAUGAGGAGGUAGCAGAGAUGACGAAGAAGAAGCAGCGGGACUGCGAGCUGGGCUGGAGUCCCGAUGCCGGUUGCACGAGUCCCCAGAGGUGGAUCCCCACACCAGAUCAGGAAGAGGACCAACCGGUUGCCCUCAUAAACGCGGGUUUCCCCCACUACAACUUCCACAAUGUGCUUGUAACGCCUGUUCGUUGCGCACCUCUUCCUGCACUGUGCUGGGCGAGUAAAGAUGUGGUGUGGAACAACAUGUUGGAGAAGGAUAAAACCUACACCAGAGAUGUGCACGUGAUGGAAAAACAUCCUCAUCUGCAGCCCAAGAUGCGAGCCGUCCUCCUGGACUGGCUCAUGGAGGUGAGUGAGGUGUACAAGCUGCACAGGGAGUCGUACCACCUGGCCCAGGACUACUUUGAUCGCUUCAUGGCCACGCAGAGAAAUAUCUUCAAAUCCACGCUGCAGCUCAUAGGCAUCACCUGUCUCUUCAUCGCUGCCAAAGUAGAGGAGAUGUACCCUCCCAAGGUCCACCAGUUUGCCUAUGUCACAGACGAGGCCUGCACUGAAGAUGAGAUUCUCAGUAUGGAAAUCAUUAUUAUGAAGGAGCUCAAGUGGAGCCUCAGCCCACAGACUCCCAUCUCCUGGCUCAAUGUCUACAUGCAGGUGGCCUACCUAAAGGAAACAGACGAGCUGCUCAUCCCCAAAUAUCCGCAGACCACCUUCACACAAAUCGCAGAGCUGUUGGACCUGUGUAUGCUCGAUGUGCGAUGCCUUGAGUUUUCCAAUGGCGUCCUUGCUGCCUCAGCGCUGUUUCACUUCUCCUCCCUGGAGCUAGUGGAAAAUGUCUCUGCUCUGAAGAGGGUGGAGGUGGAGCAGUGCGUCCGGUGGAUGGUGCCAUUCGCUAUGGCACUGCGCGAGGUCGGUGGCUCUUCUAUGAAAACGUUCACAGGAAUCCCUGUAGAUGACAUGCACAAUAUCCAGACGCACGUCUCCUACAUAUCGUGGUUGGAUAGGGCCUACUCUUACCAGGACGUGGAGUUGGAGCGGCACGUCAAUUGCCCCGUGCCUUCGGGUGUCCUGACUCCUCCCCAGAGCAGCGAGAAAACCGAGGAGUCAGUCCGAGUGGACACUGCAGUGCUGAAGAUCCUACCCAGGAUUCGUACUCCAUCCCCACCAGGGUGCAUACCAAAAUAGUGAGGAAAACACAAGUGGGAUUUGCGGCCAUCUGGAGAGUUUCAGUCUUACAUUUUAGUUGUGGGCGGAAGCAAAACCCAACUUAAGUCUGAACAGCGGUGCCACGGAAGUACCUGGUCACACAGGUACAAUGGAUUUUCAGUGGGGGACAUCUGAUGAGAAUAUCAUAUUUUUUGCCCUUUUACAAGCCAUGCUGAUUACUUGGAUCCAGUUGCUUUUAAAUCUCCCUGUCGGGGUUAGGCACGUAUAGACCACAUUGGAGAAACAGUGAGGAAAUGGUUUGGAUGCCCCCCUUCCACCUUCCCAGGAAUCCUAUUUAACCCUCCAUUAGGAUAAAAACACAAAGCGAAGGGCUGUUAGGGAUGGUCCUGCCCACAAGGAUGGAUAUUUAGAUAUAUAUCUUAAAUUUGUUGAACAGCAUUGCAUACAAAUGUUCGCAUUAACUGCCAAUAACGUGUGUGUGUGUGUGUGUGUGUGUGUGUGUUUAGUGGCCUCAAUUGCCCAAAAACUAUUCCUAGAGUCAUAUUUGGCUCUUUGUGCUGCUAUAAAAGUGGGCUUUGCAUGAUUGAGGGGAAAAGUAGACGUGUCUGAAAUUGUGAUUGUUUUUGUUUCUACUACAUUUUAUUGUAGGGGGACCAGUAGCUUGGCUACCUAAAUGGACAAGUGAACCAGCCAGGCUUCAGAAGCUAAAAUAUUGAUUGUAUUUAACUUUUUCCAAUUUUUAUCCUAACCUGCAUUUUGUUUCCAAACACAAUGUAAGAAUUUUAUUUGACCUUUUUUAAAUAAAAUGCUGCUACAUAUUUUUCAUUUUAGGUAGUUUCUGAAGUCUUAAAUUGAUUUUAACAUUUUGAAAUUGUUGAACAAAUUAUUCUGUUGACUGUUUUCAUGGACUUUAGUAGUGUCAGUGUUAUGAUAGUUUGUAUGCCCUUUUUUAAUGUUCUCAAGAAAAAUGGGAAAUAAACCAUCAAAGCAUCAUAAUACAAUUACAAUCCUUACUACUAUCAUAGUAGGCACAAACCUCAACUUCCUUUAUGAGCUGUAAUCCA